AGGAACUACAAUUCCCAGAAAGCUGUGCAGCGGAGCACCGCCCCUAGCCUUCUGCAGGGGCUUGUUGGCUUCAGCGCCCUGGGAUCUGAGCCUACAGGUGUGGUGUCGCGCGCCUGGGAGAGGGGCGGCCCCGUGGGGGUCGCCUCCUGGAGCCAUCCUCCGGACGUCAGUCCUGGAGGAGGCGAGGGCUGCUCCAGUUUUUGGAACAACUAUGAACAAGUCAGAGAACUUUCCCUUUACUGGUUCUUCAUUAGCAUCACAAGUUCAUGCUGCUGCAGUUAAUGGAGAUAAAGGUACACUUCAAAGGCUCAUUGUAGGAAACUCUGCUCUUAAAGACAAAGAAGACCAGUUUGGGAGGACACCGCUUAUGUACUGCGUGUUGGCAGACAGACUGGACUGUGCAGACGCUCUCCUGAAGGCAGGAGCAGAUGUCAAUAAAACUGACCAUAGCCAGAGGACGGCCCUCCAUCUUGCAGCUCAAAAGGGAAAUUACCGAUUCAUGAAACUUUUACUUACACGUAGAGCAAACUGGAUGCAAAAGGAUCUCGAAGAGAUGACUCCUUUGCACUUGGCCACCCGGCACAAGAGCCCUAAGUGUUUGGCGCUUCUGCUGAAGUUUAUGGCCCCAGGCGAAGUGGACACACAGGACAAAAACAAGCAAACAGCUCUGCACUGGAGUGCUUACUACAACAACCCUGAGCACGUGAAGCUGCUGAUCAAGCAUGAUUCCAACAUUGGGAUUCCUGACGUGGAAGGCAAGAUCCCACUGCACUGGGCAGCCAAUCAUAAAGACCCAAGUGCUGUGCACACAGUGAGAUGCAUCCUCGACGCUGCUCCAACAGAGUCUUUGCUGAACUGGCAGGACUACGAGGGCCGCACACCUCUUCACUUUGCAGUCGCUGAUGGAAAUGUGACAGUGGUUGAUGUCCUCACCUCAUAUGAAAGCUGCAACAUAACGUCCUACGAUAACUUAUUUCGAACCCCGCUUCACUGGGCAGCUUUACUAGGCCAUGCACAGAUUGUUCAUCUCCUUUUAGAAAGAAAUAAGUCUGGAACUAUCCCAUCUGACAGCCAAGGAGCAACACCCCUGCACUAUGCAGCCCAGAGCAACUUUGCGGAAACCGUUAAAGUAUUUUUAAAACAUCCUUCAGUGAAAGAUGAUUCAGACCUGGAAGGGAGAACAUCGUUUAUGUGGGCAGCAGGGAAAGGCAGUGACGACGUCCUGAGGACCAUGCUGAGUUUAAAGUCUGACAUCGAUAUUAACAUGGCAGACAAAUACGGAGGCACAGCUCUGCAUGCUGCUGCCCUUUCCGGCCACGUCAGCACCGUGAAGUUAUUAUUAGAAAAUGAUGCUCAAGUGGACCCUACUGAUGUCAUGAAGCACACACCACUCUUUCGAGCCUGUGAGAUGGGACACAAAGAUGUGAUUCAGACACUCAUUAAAGGUGGAGCAAGAGUAGAUCUAGUUGACCAAGAUGGACAUUCACUUCUACACUGGGCAGCACUGGGAGGAAAUGCUGAUGUUUGCCAGAUUUUGAUAGAAAAUAAGAUCAAUCCCAAUGUACAGGAUUAUGCAGGAAGAACCCCUUUGCAGUGUGCUGCAUAUGGAGGGUAUAUCAAUUGCAUGGCUGUACUCAUGGAAAAUAAUGCAGACCCUAACAUUCAAGACAAAGAGGGAAGAACAGCUCUACACUGGUCCUGUAACAAUGGAUACCUUGAUGCCAUUAAAUUGUUGCUAGACUUUGCUGCUUUUCCUAAUCAGAUGGAAAACAAUGAAGAAAGGUACACACCCCUUGAUUAUGCUUUGCUUGGCGAACGCCAUGAAGUGAUUCAGUUCAUGCUGGAGCAUGGUGCCCUGUCCAUCGCAGCCAUACAAGACAUUGCUGCCUUCAAAAUCCAAGCUGUCUACAAAGGGUACAAGGUCCGGAAAGCUUUCCGAGACCGGAAGAACCUCCUCAUGAAGCAUGAGCAGUUGAGAAAAGAUGCUGCUGCCAAAAAGCGGGAAGAAGAAAACAAGCGGAAAGAAGCAGAACAGCAGAAAGGGUUGAGCCCAAAUUGCUGCAGACCUCCAGCCCUUCCCUGUCUUCUCAGUCCCCUGGAUGAGCCCAGCAGGCAGAGCAGGGACCCAAGGAAGCAGCCAUCUGCCAGCCACCAAGCCCAGGGCCCGGAGCCAGGAGACGACAGAAGGUCUCCAGGCAGACCCCGCCAGGAGGAGCAGAACGUCUCCUCAGACCUGCAGGGAACAGACUCCAGAAAACCAAACGAAACACCCAGGGAACAUUCUAGAGGUCACUCUGCCUGUGUCCACAUCAGACCCAAUGAAAGCAGCACCGGAGGCCGGCGUUCGGUAGCCGCCUCUGUUGAGAAGUCCAGAGGUGAGGCAGCCAUGCAUCGAUGUGAGAAGGGGACAGGUGUGUUGAAGCAGCCCUCCUCCGGCAGGGUGUCUGGGUCUGAUAACAAAGGGGAGAACCCCAGCCGGCCGACUGCAAGCCUUGCACCGCAGGAUGGACACUGGAAGCCCAGCAGACGGCAUGACUCAGCACUCAAGGCCCUAAGCGCGCCCCAGAAAAGGCGCACUCAGGAACUCAGAGGAAGGUGCUCCCCGGCUGGCUCAAGCCGGCCUGGCAGUGCCAGGGGUGAGGUGGUCCAGGCUGGACAGAAUCCUCUCCACCAGCGCACGUCAAGAAACAAAGUGACACAAGACAAGCUCGCAGGAGGGGCCUAUUCAGAUUUAUCAGAGAACACAAAGGAAGUGAGGUCAGGAGUCAGGAAGCUGGGGCCUGCUGCCCUAACUGAGAACAUUCAGGUGUCUAAGGAGCCGGCUCUGGCACCUGGUCUCCUCUCUGGGCAGAGUGUGAAUAUUGACCUUCUCCCUGUAGAGCUCCGGCUGCAGAUAAUCCACAGAGAAAGAAGUAGGAAAGAUCUGUUUCGCAAAAAGAACAAGGCAGCAGCUGUAAUCCAGCGUGCCUGGCGAAGCUAUCAGCUCAGGAAGCAGCUAUCCCACCUUCUGCACCAGAAGCAGCUCGGAGCUACAGACACCGACAGAUGGGAGCGAGAGUGCCUGGCACUGCUACUCGGGGUUUGGAGGAAGGAACUGGCACUUAAGCUCCCAAAGACCCCUGCAGUAAGCAGGACCCCCAGGAGUCCACCCAAGGGCAUCGCAGGAACAAAGUCCACCAGGCACUCAGUGCUCAAGCAGAUCUAUGGUUGUUCUCAGGAAGGGAAAGUGUAUCAUCCCACAAAACCCUCAAGACCCCCUCCUGCGCUGCGUCUCAGUUCAGUGAGCAACCUGCAGUGUAUACAUCUCCUUGGGAACACUAGAAGAUCAAAGAACUUUUCUUACAAUCUGCAAUCAGCUACUCAAUCAAAAAACAAACCAAAGCUUUGACUAUCUGUGGAGGAAGACUGGAAUAGACAGUGCAGAGUUCUGACUCUUUCUGGAUUCUUUUACAGCUCGCGAACAGUUUAGCAUCCUGACUAAGGCCUUUAUUACCCUGCAAAUGUGGUAACGAAGAAAAUGUCCAGUUGUUUACACUCUGCCUUUACCCAGGAUUGUUAACUCGUGUAAGCCUGCACUGAAAGGACUGUGACAGACCGUGCCCCAGGAGACUGCCUGUGUGCCUUCACCUCAGCAUGGCUGGAAAUGAGAUUUGGUAAUUCAGUAAGUGGAACUAUGAAUGUGAGCACCACAGGGUCUGCUAGGCUGAGAUUUUGACAAGUAGCCAGCAUGGGCCUGGACUCUUGGCUCAAGUGAUAAAGCUAAGUACGUGGGAUGAGGAGCCUGGCCCAAAGCAGCCACCGUUACACUAUUUUCCAGAUGAUCUACCAUAAAGAACCUUAUGAUGGAUACAUCUUCAUUCAUGCCAACAUUAUCAGAAUAAGGACCCAGUAUUCACACUUAGAAACUGUCAGAAGAUCCCAGGUACAUUCUCUUGAUUCCUUACAUUUUUCAGUUUCCCGUAUUACCCUCUGAAGGCCACAGCUGGUGACCAGGACCUCCCUGAAUUGCAUUUUCUCUGCUGAGCACAACAGGAGUAUCACAGCAUCAAGCAAGGGGGUAGGUUUUAUUUAUACACAAAACCAUGCACGCAGAGAGGUGCCAGCUCAGGUUUCAACAGCCCAUGUGUACUUCCUGACCAAACUGCCAGGUGAGCAAUCUUCUCAAGAUGCCAUUCCUAAUAACAGGGAAAACUACACAUGCUCUAAGAAAACUUAUUUAAAUAAAAAAAUUCCAACGA